AUGGCAAGCGCAGCUCAGAAACCGACUCGCAAACGGGGCCGUCCUCGGACGGCGACAAUCGACGAAGAAGUCCCUGAGAGACGUCGCCAACAGCUUCGCCUCGCCCAGCAAGCUUAUCGCAAACGCAAGGAGACCACGAUCGGCAACCUUCAAAGCCGCGUACAACAGUUGGAAACUGGCGUCGAGAAUCUCAGCGAUGCUUUCCUAUCUUUCAGUAAUCUUCUGUUGGAUCAACAGCUCCUUACACAAAACCCGCACGUCGCAUCGGCAUUACAAGACAUAACCCAACAAUGUGUCUCGCUUGCGAAGACUGCAAGUGAGGAGUCAAGUGGGGAUCUCGCCCGUGUCAACUCCCCCGUCAAAAUUGUUGCCACCCUCGACAACCCACCCCCAAGCGCUGUGCCGGAUCUGGCCCUUUCAGACAGCUCCACAGACGUCGAAGAUGUGGCUCGACCUCAUGUCACCAGAUGGUCCGAAUCACCACCAAUUCAAGAUCUCUCAUCCCUUCCCUUCGGACUUGUUAUGACAUCACCAACUGUACAGUUUCCCUACUUGACACCGCCACUAUCGAGCUCUCCACGGGAACAAGGCCUUCUACCAAGCGAUAUAGGCGAACAACAACACUGGAACAUCGCCCAGCGUAUAGUCAAAACUUGCUGUCGACAUGGUUACCAGCUACUGGUGGAAUCUCCAAGCCACCCCAAAGAACAGCAGAUCUUCGGGUCUAUGUUGAGUCUAUCAGAACGCAAUAAUCUGAUAUCGGUAUUUCAUGCCGUUUGCCAAGAUAGAACUGGCAAUUUGAUUGAUUCCAAAGCAAACGUGCUGACUGCUCUCCGGAUGAAGCUGGGCGAACUCACGAUAGACCAACCUCAAAUUUCGCCUAGAAUCUGGCAGAUCGCGCUUGAAUCAGCCUCGGGCGACUGGAUGGACGCCAAUAGCGUUCGGACAUAUUUGUACAACAAGCAAAUCAUAGUUGAAAACUUCAGUGAUUCGGCUGGUGGUUUGCUUCCCGAUGUCUCAUCAAUACUUGAUAUAUCUAAAUUUAUCAAACUGAUUUCCAACGAGGCCAUAUGUAUUGGCAAUGGUCCAGCAUUCCGGCGGCAAAGCGUUGAGAAGGCCAUUCGGAUGUCAACCAUUAAUACCCCUUGGGACUUGAACGAUGUGUAUGAAUUAUGA